AAGGACGUCAUGGAGGAGAAUCGUGGGAUCGUGGCCUCUCUUGAUUGUGAUGAAUCAGAAAUCGAGAAUGAAGGUGAUCACGAUAAAAUCCCCAGAGAGGAGAAGCCACGUAAAAAUUUGGAGUUUGGAGAAAGCUGCAGUCAGCGCUCCCAUUCCACUUCCCAUCAACAAAAUAUCCUUGGAAAGAAACUCUAUCAGUGUGUGGAAUGUGGAAAGAGCUUCAGUAACAGCUUCUCUCUCACUUCCCAUCAAAGAAUUCAUACAGGGGAGAAACCCUAUCAGUGUGUGGAAUGUGGAAAGAGCUUCAGUAGGAACACCGAUCUCAUUUCACAUCAGAGAAUUCAUACAGGGGAGAAGCCCUAUCCGUGUGUGAACUGUGGAAAGAGCUUCACUCAUAGCUCCUCUCUCACUUCCCAUCAAAGAAUUCAUACAGGGGAGAAACCCUAUCAGUGCAUGGAAUGUGGAAAGAGCUUCAGUAGGAGCACUGAACUCACUUCCCAUCAAAGAAUUCAUACAGGGGAGAAACCCUAUCAGUGUGUGGAAUGUGGAAAGAGCUUCACUCAUAGCUCCUCUCUCACUUCCCAUCAAAAAAUUCAUACAGGGGAGAAACCCUAUCAGUGUGUGGAAUGUGGAAAGAGCUUCAUUUAUAGCUCCUCUCUCACUUCCCAUCAACGAAUUCAUACUGGGGAGAAACCCUAUCAGUGCAUGGAAUGUGGAAAAAGCUUCCGUCAGAGCACCAGUCUCACUUCCCAUCAGAGAAUUCAUACAGGGGAGAAACCCUAUCAGUGCGUGGAAUGUGGAAAGAGCUUCAGUAAGAGAUCCAGUCUCACUUCCCAUCAAAGAAUUCAUACAGGGGAGAAACCCUAUCAGUGCAUGGAAUGUGGGAAGAGCUUCAGGUGGAGUUCCCAUUCCACUUCCCAUCAACAAAAUAUCCUUGGAAAGAAACUCUAUCAGUGCAUGGAAUGUGGAAAAAGCUUCAGUCAGAGCUCCUCUCUCACUUCCCAUCAAAGAAUUCAUACAGGGGAGAAACCCUAUCAGUGUGUGGAAUGUGGAAAGAGCUUCAGUCACAGCCAAAGUCUCACUUCCCAUCAAAGAAUUCAUACUGGGGAGAAACCCUAUCAGUGUGUGGAAUGUGGAAGGAGCUUCAGUAACAGCCACCAUCUCUCUUCCCAUCAAAGAAUUCAUACAGGGGAGAAACCCUAUCAGUGUGUGGAAUGUGGAAAGAGCUACAGGAGGAACUCCAAUCUCACUUCCCAUCAAAGAAUUCAUAUAGGGGAGAAACCCUAUCAGUGUGUGGAAUGUGGAAAGAGCUUCUGUCAGGGCUCCCAUCUUUCUUCCCAUCAAAUAAUUCAUACAGGGGAGAAACCCUAUCAGUGUGCGGAAUGUGGAAAGAGCUUCAUUUAUAGCUCCUCUCUCACUUCCCAUCAAAGAAUUCAUACAGGGGAGAAACGCUAUCAGUGUGUGGAAUGUGGAAAGAGCUUUAGUCACAGCCACAGUCUCACUUACCAUCAAAGAAUUCACACUGGGAAGAAACCCUAUCAGUGCAUGGAAUGUGGAAAGAGCUUCAAUCAUAGCUCCCAUCUCACUUCCCAUCAAAUAAUUCAUACAGGGGAGAAACCCUAUCAGUGUAUGGAAUGUGGAAAGAGCUUCAGUAGCAGGUCCUCUCUGAGUUCCCAUCAGAGAAUUCAUACAGGAGAGAAACCCUAUAAAUGUGCGGAAUGUGGAAAGAGCUUUCGUAAGAGCCACCAUCUCACUUCUCAUCAAAGAAUCCAUACAGGGGAAAAACCCUAUCAGUGUGUGGAAUGUGGAAAGAGCUUCAGUAUGAGCUCGAAUCUCACUUCCCAUCAAAUAAUUCAUACAGGGGAGAAACCAUAUCAGUGCGUAGACUGUGGGAAGAGCUUCAGUCACAACUCGUCUUUCACUUCCCAUCAAAGAAUUCAUACAGGGGAGAAACCCUAUCAGUGUGUGGAAUGUGGAAAGAACUUCAGAAGGAGCUCCCACCUCACUGACCAUCAAAGAAUUCAUACAGGGGAGAAACCCUUUCAGUGCAUGGAAUGUGGAAAGAGAUUCUGUUGGAGGACCGAUCUCAGUUCCCAUCAAAGAAUCCAUACAGGGGAUAAACCAUACAAUUGCUUGGAAUGUGGAAAGAGCUUCAGUCACAAUUCCUCUCUUACUUCCCAUCAAAGAAUUCAUAGGGGGAAGAAACCCUAUCAGUGCGUGGAAUGUGGAAAGAGAUUCUGUCGGAGCACCGAUCUCACUUUACAUCAAAGAAUUCAUACAGGGGAGAAACCCUAUCAGUGCGUGGAAUGUGGAAAGAGAUUCUGUCGGAGCACCGAUCUCACUUUACAUCAAAGAAUUCAUACAGGGGAGAAACCCUAUCAGUGUGUGGAAUGUGGAAAAAACUUCAGUACAAGCUCCAAUCUCACUUCCCAUCAAAGAAUUCAUACAGGGGAGAAACCCUAUCAGUGUGCGGAAUGUGGAAAGAGCUUUAGUACAAACUCCGAUCUCACUAAGCAUCAGAGAAUUCAUACAGGGGAUAAACCAUACACUUGCUUGGAAUGUGGAAAGAGCUUCAGUCACAACUCCUCUCUCACUUCCCAUCAAAGAAUUCAUACAGGGGAGAAACCAUAUAAUUGCUUGGAAUGUGGAAAAAGCUUCAGUAAGAGCUCCAAUCUCAUGACCCAUCAGAGAAUUCACAGAGGGGAUAAACCCUAUCAGUGCGUGGAAUGUGGAAAGAGCUUCAUUACAAGCUUCUGUCUCACUUCCCAUCAAAGAAUUCAUACAGGCGAGAAACCCUAUCAGUGCGUGGAAUGCGGAAAGAGCUUUCAGCUGAAGAGCUCUGACCUCACUUCCCAUCAAAGAAUUCAUACAGGGGAGAAACCCUAUAAUUGUGUGGAAUGUGGAAGGAACUUCAGUACGAGCUCCUAUCUCGCUAAGCAUCAGAGAAUUCACAGAGGGGCAAAAUCCUAGCAGUGCAUGGAAUGUGGAAAUGCCUCAGUCACAGCCACAAUGUCACUUCCCAU